AUGGCGUUUGCUGGGACAAAUAUCAGUUUGUUCCAGCCGGAUAUCACGCAAAAACUAACGGAGCGCAUAGAUGACCUGAAGCAAAAAGUCGCUGCUUGGGGGAAGCGGAUUCGACGAUUUAGCGAGAGGUCAAGGCGGUUCAACCAGAAUCGUCUCUUCCAGAGUGAUCAGAAGAGGCUCUAUAAAUCAUUGGAGCGACCAGAGGUAUGUGGAGCGGGCCCAGGACCGGUUCAGGCUGACACUGUCGCAUUUUGGCGUGGCCUGUGGUCAGAGCCCGUAAACCACAGCGAGGGCCCUUGGAUGGAAGUUGUGGCGAGCCAGAGUGCAAGUGUUACGCCUAUGGACCCCGUCACCAUAACGCCUGAAGACGUGGCUGAGGCGGUCCGUAGGGCCCCGAACUGGAAAAGUCCGGGGCUUGACGGGCUGCAUCACUACUGGCUGAAGGGGUUCAUGAGUGAUCAGAAGAGGCUCUAUAAAUUAUUGGAGCGACCAAAGGUAUGUGGAGCGGGCCAAGGACCGGAUAAGGCUGACAUUAUCGCAUUCUGGCGUGGCCUGUGGUCAGAGCCCGUAAACCACAGUGAGGGCCCUUGGAUGGAAGUUGUGGCGAGCCAGGGUGCGAGUGUUACGCCUAUGGACCCCAUCACCAUAACGCCAGAAGACGUGGCUGAGGCGGUCCGUAGGGCCCCGAACUGGAAAAGUCCGGGGCUCGACGGGCUGCAUCAUUACUGGCUGAAGGGGUUCGUAGUGUGUCACGCUGUGCUCGCCCGACAGUUUCAAGAGGCUCUCGUACAGAAGUCACUCCCGAGCCUCUUCACUACUGGGAUCACUCACUUGGUUCCUAAAGAUCAGGAUACUGCUUAA